UUGGCCUUCAAGGAUAAUAACACCACCACCACAAAGGAUUUGGAAACACACUCUCUCUCUCCAACGUGAAUCCUCUUCAUAUAAGGAAACCCCCACUUGUAUCUCUCAUUAUAAUUUGGAAACCCAGUUCAAUUCACAGCAAACUCUCUCUCUCUCGCUCGCUCUCUUCAAUUCGGAAGUUGAGCGAUCUCUCUGUCACUCAACAUUUUGGAAACCCACUUGUUUUUCUGAUCAUUCUGUCAGUCUAAGCAGUAAAGUUCGUCUUUUUUCUGAGUUUAAUUUGUUUUUGUGUGGGUUUGUUUCAAUGGGAGUGAUGGGCAAAAUGAAGAUUAUUGAUUUUGGGGUUGAUGGGUUUCCUUCAAAUUCUCUAAAUCUUGAGUCUUAUGAAGUUGAUGUGAAACAUUGGAAGGAAGAUGUUGAGAAAAAGGCCAUGGCGAUCAAGAAAGAGAAAAGGGCAUCAGCAUCUUCAUCUUCAUCUUCAACUCUGUCUUCCUUGGAGCUAUUGGCUGAUGUAGCAACCCGACAAUCAAAGGAGUUGCUUUUGGACGAAAAGACCGUUGUUGAAGAGUUGAUCAACUUCUUUGCUCGAAAGGGAAGGGAACAAAGGGUUUUGGCAGGCAAGCUAGGGUUUGAGUUGAAUGACAUUUUCAUUCCAAAGAAGAAAAGGAGUAGACUUGGCCCUCUUUCUCUUAAAAGGAAGAGAGAAUAUUCUGAUGAUCAUAAUUGUUUUGGGAGUGACAACCUUCUCCACAACAACAACAACAACAACAAUCUGAACCAGAAAAAGAAGAAGCAGAAAAGGGUUCACGUUCAAACUGAACAAUUGGAGCCAAAACCAGAGUUGCCUCAAGAACUAAAACACAAGAUUAGUGGAAUUGGUGGAGAUGUGAAACUUGUAAUCCAGAAGAAGAUAUGUGCGUCUGAUAUGUCUGCAAAUAAUGCUCGAUUUUCGAUACCAGGGAUUAAGGGCAAAAGCAGAGACUUUCUUAAGGAAAAGGAGCAGAGUGAUUUGGAUAUUCGUGACACUGACAAGAAGAAACGGCUGAUUGGUAUCCCUGUUUUGAUGCUCAACCCAUCUGAUCUGAGCUUCGAUUCUUUACGCCUGAAGAAAUGGCAAAUGGGAGGCAACCAUGUGUACAAUCUGGUUUCGGGAUGGAGAAAGGUUGCCAAGGCAAAUAAACUCGAGGAAGAUGAGAUGGUGCAGCUUUGGUCAUUCCGCCUCAACCAUGACUCUCAGCUUUGCUUUGUGCUUGUCAAGGUUAAUAGCACCACCACCACCACCACCACCACAAAGGAGGAAGCUCACCAACAUAUUGGAUCAACUUCUUGUCUCAGCAACGAGCAACUCUCUUAGUG